GUGGCGAAAGGGGUAGGAGGGAGGGGACCGCCCCUAGACCGGUGGCUGCUCGGAGGUCCCGGCUGGCCCUUCGGAGGUCUGCUCUUGUGUUAGCCCCGCAACCGCUGUCUAAGCAAGGCUAGGGUUUGUUAGACGGAGUCAGUUGUAGGGUUCAGAGGGUCAGCAAUCAAUCCUACGAAUGCAGAGUUUUAGCACUCGUCGCCAGUAUUGGGACUCAGGGGCUAGUAGAUUCCGUGUUUAAGAUGCCAAGGGAAUCUGUCUUUUGAUUCAGGGUUCAUCACUUAGAGGUUAGUUUUAGAAUUCAAGUUCGGCAUAUAAAGGGUUUUUGCUCGGACUUGGGAUUCAUGAGAUGCGGAUCAGUGUUACCUUAUUUCUAGGGAUUCACUCUUAGGAUUGUGGUUAAAUAUCUAGGGCAUACUCAGGAUUUGAGAUUCAGUAUUCAGGGUUCACUCAUGGGAUUCAGGGCUUAACAUCUACAGCAUAAGAAUGUAACAAUUGGAAAUCAUUGGGUUUGGGGUUUUGGUUUUGAGGUUUGGGGUCUAAGAGGUCUAUUACUGAGUUUCUGAGUUAGCUAGAUUUGCUUAUGGCCACAGGGAAGUCUGUUGGAUCAAAUUGCAAGGUGUGAAUUUCAGGAAUUAGGAGAAACCACUGUGGGGUUUAAGGUCAGUUGGAAUCUGGGAUGGGAUUUCAGAUGUGUGGGAUUUGUGAGGUGUUGUGUCCAGGGAGGGACUACAUUGAAUUUUGGAUUUACAUCCUGUGAGAGGGCUAAGUGUUUCUAUUUGGGGUUUGGGGUUUGCUUGGGAUGUGAGUGGGGUUCUUGGAUUGGGGUGUGAGAUCUGAGCCUGAUUUCUCUGUUGGGAUUUGAGGUUUAGGUAGCGAUUGCCAUCAUGCUGAAAGCUGUGAUCCUGAUUGGAGGCCCUCAAAAGGGGACUCGCUUCAGGCCUUUGUCUUUUGAAGUGCCCAAACCCCUGUUUCCAGUGGCAGGGGUCCCUAUGAUCCAGCACCACAUUGAGGCUUGUGCCCAGGUCCCUGGCAUGCAGGAGAUUCUGCUCAUUGGCUUCUACCAACCUGACGAGCCCCUUACCCGGUUUCUAGAGGCUGCCCAGCAGGAGUUUAACCUUCCAGUCAGGUACCUGCAGGAAUUUGCGCCCCUGGGCACAGGGGGUGGUCUCUACCAUUUCCGGGACCAGAUCCUGGCUGGGGGCCCUGAGGCCUUCUUCGUGCUCAACGCUGACGUCUGUUCCGACUUCCCCUUGAGUGCUAUGUUGGAUGCCUACAGACACCAGCCUCACCCUUUCUUGCUCCUUGGCACCACGGCUAACAGGACACAAUCCCUCAACUACGGCUGCAUUGUAGAGAAUCCACAGACACACGAGGUCCUGCACUACGUGGAGAAACCCAGCACUUUUGUUAGUGACAUCAUCAACUGCGGCAUCUACCUCUUUUCCCCCGAAGCCCUGAAGCCCCUUCGGGACGUCUUCCAGCGUAACCAGCAGGAUGGGCAACUGGAGGACUCUUCAGGCCUAUGGCCAGGGGCAGGCACCAUCCGCUUGGAACAGGAUGUGUUCUCAGCCCUGGCUGGACAGGGCCAGAUCUAUGUACACCUCACUGAUGGUAUCUGGAGCCAGAUCAAGUCUGCAGGCUCAGCCCUCUAUGCCUCCCGCCUCUACCUGGGCCAGUACCAGCUCACUCACCCAGAACGCCUGGCCAAGCACACCCCAGGGGGUCCACGAAUCCGAGGAAACGUUUACAUCCACCCAACGGCCAAGGUGGCCCCGUCGGCUGUGCUGGGCCCCAAUGUCUCCAUUGGGGAGGGGGUGACCGUGGGCGAGGGUGUGCGGCUCCGAGAGAGCAUUGUCCUCCAUGGAGCCACGCUGCAGGAGCACACGUGUGUUCUGCACACCAUUGUGGGCUGGGGGAGCACUGUGGGGCGCUGGGCCCGUGUGGAGGGUACCCCCAAUGACCCCAAUCCCAACGACCCGCGAGCACACAUGGACAGUGAGAGCCUCUUCAAGGAUGGGAAGCUGCUGCCUGCCAUCACCAUCCUAGGCUGCCGUGUCCGGAUCCCUGCUGAGGUGCUCAUCCUGAACUCGAUUGUUCUGCCACACAAGGAGCUGAGCCGCAGCUUUACCAACCAGAUCAUCCUCUGAGGGGGACUGCCAGAAGGCACCCCUCCAACUCCUGCCCACCCCCCUCAAGGCUGCUGCCUGCAUGGCCAGCCUCUGUCCAAAAAGACCGGAGGAAGCCAGGCAGGAUCUUCACAUGUCGGGGAGCAACGUGGGUGGCCGGGUGGCUGGGGAGACUCCAGGCCUCCCUCUCCGCUCCCUAAUAAACCCCCGUGAACCUUGGAGCCA